AUGGAUCACAACUCUUCAGUCCUCACGGACGAUGACUCUGCAGACAGUCUCUGGCAUGCCCCUGCAGAACAAGAAACAGCGGGCAAACAAGCCCAUAGAGCGAAGCACACAUACCAAGGACAACAACAAUAUGAAGAAAGCCUGCGUCAAGAACUACAGAGCGUGAGACAGGUUAAUGAGGCUAUUGAAGGUGUUAUUCAGAGCCUCCACAAGGCCAAAAGCAAUAUGAGAACAGUGAACAACACCGUCUCAGCUGCCUCAAGUCUCUUGAAUACAUGGACCAAAAUUCUAUCCCAAACAGAGCAUAACCAACGCCUGAUCCUUGACCCUUCAUGGCAAGGCGCCAGUCAAGAUAUCGCGGAUAUUGAAGAGGAAGCCCUGGAGAAACAGCGCGCUGCUGAUCGACGAGAAGCUGAGGAGGAGAGAAAGAAGGCAGAAGCCAAAAAGGCUCAAGAGGAAGAGCGACAUAAAGUUGAGACAGCCACCAAACCCACAAGAGGGACUGCGCGAGGUCCGGGCAGGAUCGGUGCUGCCGGAAGAGGUGGUGCAACCGCACAGUCCUCGGCUUACGUACAGGUAGGAGGGUCUAACACCAGCGGUAUAAGGCGAGGCACAGCCUCCGCUAGAAGAGCCAGCUCAGGAAUUGGUCGAGGGACAACGGGUAGGGCCUCGAGAGGCCGUGGCUGA